AUGGCCCCGUCGGUCCAGCCCAGCAGCAGCAGCAGCAGCAGCAGCGACGUGUGCACGGAGGAUGACGAGCCCUACGGGAUCCAGAGAGCAGACAGAAAGGUCAGGAAACCUCUGGUGGAGAAGAAGAGGCGCGCUCGCAUCAACGAGAGCUUGCAGGAGCUGCGGACGCUGCUCGCGGACGCAGACUUUAACUCGAAGAUGGAGAACGCAGAGGUUCUGGAGGUGACGGUGAAGAAGGUGGAGGACAUCCUGAAGAGCCGGAGCCAAGAGAAGGACGCUCUGAACCGGGAGGCCAGUGAGAGGUUUGCAGCCGGCUACAUCCAGUGCAUGCACGAGGUCCACACGUUCGUGACCAGCUGUCCGGGGAUCGACGCAGCAGUGGCGGCCGAGCUUCUCAACCAUCUGCUGGAGUGCAUGCCGCUGAACGAGGACCACCUGCAGGACGUGCUGAUGGACCUGAUCACGGACACGUCCGCCUGCAACAGCAGCACUCUGGCUUCCCCAGGAGGAGGCAGCCUCUCCGGCUGUGAGGCGUCGGCCCUCUCUCCGGCCACGUCCCCGUCCAGCGAGGACUCGUGCUCGGACCUGGACGAGGUCGACGGCGAGCACCACCAGAGCUCCACAGAGGUGGCUGCUGGGAGCCGAGGGGGUCUGAGCAUGCCCACCGUGGCCUAUCCUCGCUUCAUGUGGAGACCUUGGUAG